CUACUGACCUGCUCUGCCAUAGAAGACCCCGCACUGACACUCAACACUAAAACCUCUUUUUAAAGGCAGAGGCAGAAUCAAUCAUAAAACCCAGUCAAAAAUCUUUGAUAAUCAGCAAUGGAUUCUCCCGCUGAAUUCACGCUUGCUGAGAUGGUAGAAAUGGAAAAUAUUUACAAGGAGUUAGGAGAAGAAACACUAGAUUUCGAGUUUUGCAAGAGGCUUGCUACUACUUUUAGUUUUGCAGCAAAUCGCGCUGGAAAGCCGGCGAUAACAUGGGAACAGGUGCAAAGUUGGUUUGAGGAUAGGCAAAAGGAAUUGCAACCUAUGGUCUCUCCUUCACCUUUGGCUCUGAAAUUAUUCGUUGAUCUUUCUAAUAAUAGUUAUUCCAGCAAUGCACCUGAAAGUUCUCAAAAGCCUGAAGGUAAAAAGAUCACCAAUCUUUCAGAGUUGAUAUUCGAAGCUAGGUCAUCAAGAGACAAUGCUUGGUAUGAUGUUUCUGCUUUCCUCAAUUACAGAGUUCUUUGUAAUGGUGAACUUGAAGUGCGGACAAGGUUUUCUGGGUUCAGUAAUACACACGAUGAGUGGGUCAAUGUGAAAAGAGCAGUGCGAGAACGAUCUAUUCCUUUGGAGCCUUCGGAAUGUCACAGGGUGCAAGUUGGAGAUCUUGUGCUUGGCUUUAGGGAGCGCCAAGAUCAAGCAGUCUACUGUGAUGCGCAUGUUGUGGGAAUCCAUAGGCGACAACAUGACGAAACUGGCUGCAAAUGCAUCUUUGUGGUUCGCUAUGACCAGGACAGCAUGGAGGAAGCUGUUCACUUGGAGAGGUUGUGUUGCAGACCAACGCAAUAGAUUUCUUGGACUGCUGAAUUUCUCCAAGAGAAAGACGGGUUAACCUUUUUUACGGUUACUGAAUUAUAGAUCUUUUACACUUCGAUUACCAUUAUUUCAUUUUUCUAACAACGGGAGGUUACUUAAUGAAUUCAGACGAAUUAUUGCUUAUGUGGCCAACGGAAAAUUAUAUUGCAUUCAACUUUUAUGUUGCCAUAUAGGCAAUUAACGGCCGAAAUUGCUAUAGUAACCUCUUGUUUUGGAGAAUUGAUAGUUGAGUUGUCAAAAUAUAAAAAAUUAAUGGCGUAAUCAUCUAAAGAUAAUUCACAUUGUCGACCUUCACUUAUGGCCCAAAUUUACAAAAUCUUUAAUUUUGGCCUAUUUUUCAGCUUUAGUCUAUUCUUAUUUGAACAGAUGGCUACUGUUGAAGUUGAAAAUGGAAAGAUAGACUGAAAUUAACAAUUUUGAAAGUUGUCUAUUACAGAAGAAGAUCGAAAUGAGAUAUUCUUAGAUGAUUAAGCCAAAAUUAAAUAAUAAUUACUGAAAUUUAAAAUGCCUAUAGUUCAAUAACCGUAAAUUCUUUUAACCCCAAUAAAGGCUCGAGAUGAUGUAUUGUGUUGACCAAUAAAGCUCUGUAUUGUGUAGUUCAAUUCAAAUUUUUGAAAGUAGCAAGGCCCUGUUGGUUGGUGGUAGUUGUAAAAUUGAGUUUUAACGUAGGAUUUCUUGUUCAA